ACACAAACACACACUUGUGCACGUGCAUGCGCGGACAUUGGACGAAAAUGAUUUACAUUACGCAAUGAUGAAUUUUGUUGGUUGAUGCCAGGUGAUGGUCACUCGCUGCUUACUUGGGAGUGUUUCAAGAUACAAAUUAACGGUAGAUUUUGGGCAUUGUUGUACUAAAUGCGUUCUCUUCGUCAGCUAUCGUAUAAUUAUGUAUUACACAAAUUGGCUUGUUGGUGUGAAAAAUAGAGCAUGCAUUCGCAAAGCAAACAAAACGCAUAGUAUCGACUGGAAAAGCUUCAUGGACAUAUAUAACAAUACAACGUCGUACAAUCGAAAUAGAUCUGAGCUCAUUUUAAGCAAGCUUCUUUGGAAAAAAGAUUACAAGAUAAUCAAGAAAAUUGGAGAAGGGACAUUUUCAGAAGUGGUGAAGGCUCAAAGCCUGAAAGAUGGGAAAUAUUAUGCUUGUAAAACGAUGAAGCAGUCACUCAGCAGCCUGGAACAGGCCAACAACCUACGAGAAGUCCAGGCCAUGAAGAAACUGAACCCUCACCCCAACAUCAUUCAGCUGCAUGAAUUGAUAUUUGACAAAGAAUCAGGGACCCUGUCCUUGGUAUGUGAGCUGAUGGAGAUGAACAUCUAUGAGUACAUACGAGGGAGGCAACAACCUUUGCCAGAAAGUAAAAUCAGACACUACAUGUAUCAACUUUGCAAGUCACUCGAUCACAUGCAUAGCAAUGGCAUCUUCCACCGUGAUGUUAAGCCAGAGAACAUUCUAAUCAAACAUGAUGUGCUCAAACUAGGAGACUUUGGCUCGUGCAGGAGUUUGCACUCCAAGCCCCCCUACACAGAGUACAUCUCCACCCGCUGGUACAGAGCCCCAGAGUGCCUCCUCACAGAUGGCUAUUACUCACACAAGAUGGACAUGUGGAGUGUAGGAUGUGUUUUCUACGAGAUCAUCAGUCUCAGCCCUCUGUUUCCGGGUACCAACGAGUUGGAUCAGGUGACAAAGAUCCAUGAUGUUUUGGGUACACCUGACAGCAGUCUUCUUCAAAAAUUCAGGCAGUCUAGGGCGAUUAGUUUUGACUUCCCUCCACGGAAGGGCAGUGGGAUCUCUCGGCUCAUCCCAAACUGUUCUGCGCCCAGUCUGUCAUUGCUCUACCAGAUGCUGGCCUACGACCCAGAGGAACGCAUUGGCUCACGAGCGGCGCUACAGCACGCCUAUUUUAGAGAGCUACGGCUGGCAGAGAGGAGAGCUGAUAGUCUGCACAUGGCCAUUGGGACUGUAGAGGGAGGACAGAGCAGUGGGACCCCCAACUCUGUGGAUCACAUGUGGCGCAUGGCCAGACAGGGCAGGAGGCAUCACAACAUAAAGCAUGUUGCCGAGCCUCGGAUCAGACGCAACAUCCAACAUUAUCCAGUGGAAUUACCAAAGCUCAAUGUGGUAGUGCCUGCACCCCAGAUCACCUACCCUGUUACCACAGUGCCAGCUCUUACCAUCACUCACCGUGGGUCCCCCCUUCCAGUCAUCACGUCAAAAAAGUGCCACUUGCGGUUGGCUACGCCAAGGGAUGAGUCCUACCGCUCUGCUUUCAAGACCUACUACAUGCCUCCUUUGGACAGGAAACGCGGUGGCUACUGAGAGCUCCAAUUCUUAAGAACCGUUGCUGUUUAACAGAACAUACUGUACAUACUCUAAUCUGCUUUGUUUGAAAUGUUAAGACAAUAUUGUUUGAACAAAGCUAUUCAGCUUCUGUAAAGCCUGCCACUUUCUGGUGAGAAAUGCAAACAGGGCUUUUGACAAAGGAAUAUCACAUAGCAAUAAUUACCAGGGUUAAUUUGUACAAGUCAUAAUUCCUGCAGAUGAAAUAUAACAUGAUCCCCAAAGUA